GUAAUGUAGUCAAGCUAAUCAUGAAAAUGGAAAAAGUAAAUUGGGUUAAAAAAGCACUUUUUAAAUUUUUCAAUUACUUAUUAUCAUGUCAGUGUGGGAUUCUGCAGAAGAGGGCUGCAAAACUUAAAUGAUAUUGGAGAUAUCAGACAGAUCUCUUUUGCAGACUUAUACCCACAUACAGGAAGCAUGUGUGUGUUUCCAAAAUGUGGUUCAAAUCUGUGAUGUGGGUACUGUACUUGAUGUCUGUAAUAGACACAAUCCAGAGAUGUUUCUCCCGGGAAUUUAUGCAAACAGGCGGCUUCUAUUAGACUGUGGUUUUACAGGGUUAACAUGCACAUCUCCUUUAUUCAAAUAUUGUAAUUUUUAAAGGAUUUUCCAGAGACAUAAUUGUAUUGUUUGCAAUCAACAGAUGGAUUUGAAAUAGUUUUGAGUUUUUUUCCAUUGCCAUUUCAUUUGUCAUGUCAAGGAGCAACAGCAGCCCUGCUAAAUGUCAAUGAGGUCUGUUGAUUUUACAAGAAACCCUUCAGACCGAGACGGCGGACUGGACUAAAGCCAGCAGUGGUGGGAGGGGGUUCGGAAGGAUAGAGGGAUUAGGAUCUAAUCCUGGACAUGACCAAUCUUUAAGGAGCUUCCCUGAAGACGUACUCUUUCCCAGAUUAUUACAUUUAACUUAUUGCCUUUAAUACCUGUACCUCCCCCGGGGGAGCCUGGGGAGCGGUCCGCUGGAUCAGCGUAUCUAUCAAAACAAAAGAUCAGGAGCAGAGGCCAUUGGAAGGAGACUUUGAAAGAGGAGCGGCUCUGUCCAGACUAUGAGUAUAUGUGCUGGGAUAAAGUUUGCAGUGUCUGGGAUUAAACCACUAACUCACACACCAGCAAGGUGCAGGGUACAGGUUACUGAAUGAACUUGGAUAGUGCUUUCAUAUUAAUAAGAAAAAAGACUGAUCCAGUGUUUCCUUUUCUAUUGGUUCAGAAAACCUUUGAUUUGGAGAAGUCAUGAACUUGGGGAAGCUCUCUGGCCUGAAAGGCCUAGUGUCUCACUCCUCAGGAAAGCGUCGCUUUAAGGGUGACCUCACCCCAGACAUGAUCAGCCCCCCCCUGGGCGACUUCCGCCACACCAUGCACGUCGGGCGCGGAGGGGACGUGUUUGGCGACACCUCGUUCCUCAGCAACCACGGCGGAGCAGGAAAUAACGCAGAUGGAGACUCCUCCUCCACCUCAGAGAAGAAUGAGGGAUUCUUCUCCCGAACGCUUCGCCAUGUCCGGAGGACCCCAGACAGACCCCGCGGAGGCUCCAAGGACCUUUCGCCCCCACCACCACCCAUUUCUCCCAUCAUAAAAAAUGCCAUCUCCCUUCCUCGUCUGGAUGUGGACUCACCCAACGGUUGUCCUGUCAAAGUACUUUUUCCUAGUUCACCCAAGACACCUGAUAACUCCACUUACAUGUAUGGUUUGGAGUCUGGCUUUGUCACCUUGCCCAGGCUGUCACGCACCGAGCGGCAUUCCCAGGUUGCCUCACCCCUGUCCUGCCCUCCUGAAAUCCACAGAGGUUCCCUCACUGACACUGGUAUCUCCUCAUUCCCCUGUUCAGACUCCGUCAGUCCCUCGGACUCCAUGAACUCUUUCACCCUUGACCUGGGCCCGUCCCUCAUGUCUGAGGUCUUUGGUAUGAUUGACAGCCCCAUGCGUGAAAACAGCAGUCCGAUCAUCGAAAAGUCGCACGAGACCGGUGCCGCAUUUGGGUCAACCGAUGAUGAGGUGGACUCAGAUGCAACCACGUCCCUGGUGGACUCCCUCUUGAGAGAAGAUGGUGACGGUAGGACCCGGCUGUAUGGAGGAGAGUGGAAGCAUUCGGAUUUUGAAAAUGGCGAGUCGCCAAAAAAGUCCACGGGGGGAGAUGUGAUGUUCUCCUACGCCGUGGAGGAUCAUGGAAUGGAGCCAGAGCGUUUCCAGAGGGCCGCUGAUGUGCUGGCACGUCAUUAUGGAGGAGGGCUCAGGAAUACAGGCACCAAUAACUCUUACAGGAGACCCUACAACUACCCUGAUGAGGAAGAGGAGAUCAAAGUCUAACACUAUCAGAUUCGUUAGAGAAUGAGACUCUUAAGAAAUCCAAAUCGCAAGCACUUUUAAUAACAUUUUCAAUGUGAAAAUGAAAAUCGAUCGGAUUUUGAUGAUUGACAGGUCGGUAGGUGGCCCUUCAUUAAAUGCAUCAGGAUGGAUUAGCAGUUAUGCUACAGACACAAUGUGCUAACAUUCGGCUUCCUUUAAAUUUGGUUGAACUACAAUUACGAAAUGUAUUUGCCUCCCACUGGGCUUGUGGAUCAAAGGAAGAUGAAAAAGAGCAAUGUACAAAGAUGCCUUUGAAAAGUGGUAUACCCUAACCAUAUACCAUUCAAAUAGUAUUUCAAGUAAACCUCUUUACUAUACAGUGUACAGUAAUACCAUGUAAAAGUAUGAACAGACAUUUAUUUGCUGGCUAACUUAUAUCAGUACCGGUAUAUCUACUAUGCAAACCACUUUAUCCACAUUUUUUUACACAGAAUUGAAGCAAUGUUUUACAUUAGACCACAGACUGCCAUGGUAGAAGUCACAUGGCAGUUUCAUUAUUAAUCACUUAUUUCCUGAGAAACCUGUACACGGCUAAAGGUCAUUGCCCAGCAAGCAAUUUUGGAUUUAAAAGAAGUCUUAUAGUCGACCAAACACAGCCCACGCGUCUAGGCUAAUCCAAGGCAAAAUUGGGGCUGUCAGUAAUGACUAACCAUAGCCCCAAAAUAAAUGAAAUUAAAAAAUACUGUAAGUAAAUGAAACCAAACACUUGUAA